CAAGAAAAGCACUGCUGCUAUUGGUUGAGGGAAUAACCUUGCUGCCCUUACAUACACGACGCCCAUCGUGCUGGCUCAGUUCAUUUGCUGAAAAAAGGGUGUGCAUCUGUCAAUAGCAUUAUAACAGCGUCCACCUCCCAGCAUUCCAAGCUUCCAUGAAAAGCAUUGCUGCGAUUGGUUGAGGAAACAAGUAGUACUGUUCUACAUACGCAACGCCUAUCAUGUUGGCUCAGUUCAUUUUCAGGAGAGUGAGAAGUCUGUACUUCUUGAGAGGUUUCAAGCAAUUGAAUACAGAAGGUUUUUUUCCCCGAAGUCCAGCUUAAUCAAGGAAUGUCAACAGCUAUCUUGGUUUCUCUUUUAAGGAAUGGACGGUGUCAAGUGAACAGAGGAGCACUGACAUUAUGCUUUCAGAAAGAACAUAGUUGCACCACCUCAACCAGACACUGCUUUUCUGCUAACCGCAGGUGUUUCUCUUCACGUUUUGACCUGGAUGGCAGUGGCCGUCCUGCUACCUGGGACUCGUUUGGUAUUUGGGACAACAGAAUUGAUGAGCCUAUUCAGCUUCCACCCAGCAUAAAGUAUGGCAAGCUAAUUCCGCACAUCAAUCUUUCCAAAGUCGGCUGCUCUACUCAGUUGGGGAAGAGGAAGGAAAAUGAAGAUAGGUUUAAAUUGGCUCGUCUAACACCAGACAUAUUAUAUUUUGCUGUAUAUGAUGGACAUGGAGGGGCUUCAGCUGCUGAAUUCUGUGAUAGAUUCAUGGAGGAUUAUAUCAAAGAGUUUCUUGUAGAGGAGCAUGAUAUGGAAAAGGUAUUGGUGAAAGCCUUCCUAGAAAUAAACAAAGCAUUUGCAAGGCAUGCCCAUCUUUCUGUUGAUGCGUCUCUUUUGACCUGUGGAACUACUGCGACCGUGGCCUUGCUGAGGGAUGGGAUUGAGCUUGUGGUAGCAAGCGUCGGGGACAGUCGUGCACUGUUGUGUCGGAGAGGAAAGCCUUUUAAGCUCACUAUCGACCACACACCUGAACGAAAGGAGGAAAAAUUAAGAAUUAAGAAAAGCGGUGGCUUUGUGACAUGGAACAGCCUUGGGCAGCCCAAUGUGAAUGGCAGGCUUGCAAUGACCAGAAGUAUAGGGGAUCUGGACCUGAAAUCCAUGGGAGUUAUAGCUGAACCUGAAACCAAACGAGUGAAGCUGCAACACACUGAUGAUGGUUUCCUGGUGCUGACUACUGACGGCAUAAACUUCAUUGUAAACAGUCAGGAGAUCUGCGAUAUUAUUAACCAGUGCCAUGAUCCCAAAGAAGCAGCACAAGUGCUCACUGAACAGGCUAUACAGUAUGGCACAGAAGAUAACAGCACUGCUAUUGUUGUCCCAUUCGGGGCCUGGGGAAAGCACAAGAGCUCUGAAGUGAGUUUCUCCUUCAGCCGUGGCUUCGCAUCAAGCGGGAGAUGGGAUUGAUCCUACUACUGAACUGUACAUCGUGGCACGAGCCAUUGUAUCUAUAGCACAAAAUGUGUUAGAAUCUGCAUUAUGUAUAUAGUUGGCUUUCCAAUAUGGUGUUUUGGUUUUGUUCACUCCAUCUGUGAAGAGUAACAUGACUCUUAUCCCAGCUCAUAAAUACAAACCCAUGGGUGGACUUUAAAUUAUUGAGUUCAAGAAAAAGGGAUCAAACAGUUUUGUUAAAUAAGGCAGGUAUGUAAUGUGAAAAAUGUAAAAAAAAAUGGCUAAACUCUCUUUCCUUCUAAUGUGAUAAGAAUGUAAAAUAGUGGUGUGAUACUUCCAUGCAUUAAAGGGAAACAUGAACUGUUACAUUUCAUUACACCGGGUAUAUGCGGCAUGUUGCACGCUCCCAGAAUUCCCUGACCCAAGUUACUGUUGGUGUAUGCUGGCAAUUCUCUGGAACUCCAGACUGCAAAACCUGUCCUACAUUAACUCUGCAAAGUGUGAUAUUUUGGCACAGGCAAGUGCAGCACUUUAAUGCUCCUGUUGCACUGAUUCUUUCUUUGUCUUAUUAUUUAUAUAACAUGGCUGAUUAAGCUCUGCGACAUUAUAAAAUGACCUGUAUAGUCUGUGUCAUUUUCUGUACAUAGGAAAUACCUUUAAUUUGUAAGUCAAGAAAGUAUUGUCUUUUCCUCGCUAGGUGUCUGUCUUCUCAGAGGUGGAAGUCAGGUGUCACCACAGGGAAUGUUGCUGGGGGUUAAUAUAACUCCUACCUAAUUUUUUCAUAAUUAGGGAUGCACCGAAUCCAGGAUUCAGUUCGGGAUUGGCCUUUUUCAGCUGGAUUCGAAUUCGGCAUAUGCAAAUUGUGGGCAGGGCGGGAUUUCACAUGACUUUUCAUCACAAAACAAGGAAGAAAACUAAUUUUUUUUCCACUUUUUCCUUUCCUGACCCUAAUUUGCAUAUGCAAAUUAGGAUUCAGUUCGGUAUUCGGCCGAAUUUUCCACUUAGGAUUUGACCGAAUCCAAAAUAGUGGAUUCAGUGCAUUCCUAUUCAUAAUACUAACUGGGUCCUGCGGUCACAAUGCCUUACUGAGCAAGGACAGAGGCACCCUUCAGCACUUCUCAUGUUGCAGAACUACGAAUCACUGCAUGCCUCUGUCAGAUGUGUUGAUGGAAGAAUGCUGGAAUCAAUAACCCUGCAAUAUCUACCUGCCAAAAGUUACCCUCAUUUUUAAAGUAAUUCAGUCCACUAAACAUCUUGCACUGGCAUACAAAUGUAUAUGAAAGGGAGAAAUAUAUAAACCUACCUACAAAUGUAUUUGUUUAUUAUUGCAAAUAUAGCACAGAUCUGAAAUUCUGUAUUGCACUACAGAAAAUAUAAGCCACAUGUUAGGCCCUGUGAUCCUAUUUUCUAUGGCAAGAUUGCACUGAUCCAGUGGGCAGAACUACCAGAUCAUACAGGAAGCACAUGAGAGCCUUGAUCUCUUCCAUUUCCUAUUAACUAAUGACCUACCCAUCUACAUUAGUGGAGCAAGGUUUUCAGAUAGCAUGUUGCUAGGUUGCACCAAACUGAUUGUAUUUAAACAACAUGCAAUCAGUGGGGCCCUUUUACCUGAAUUUUCUCCAAGUGUCAACAUGAUUUUUCAUAUCUGGUAAACUUACAGGCCAGGAGAUCGGCAGACCCAAAAACCUCAUACAGGGAGCUCUCGUGUGUGUCUGCUGAUAAAGUAUUGAUCAGUUUUCAGAUGUUAUGCACUUUUAUCCACCAAUAUUGUAAUAUGAACUUUUGAACAUAGCAGAGUGUAUGAUCUUCCUGUAUAUAUAUAUAUAUAGUUGUAUAUAGGGAUGUGUGAAUUUGUAUGGAAUAAAAUAUACCUAAUAUGA